CCUGCCUGGAGAUUCAUGACGGGGCCCCAGUUGUCACUCCCAUUGCGUGUCCGGUUUCUAGGGAAGCCCAUCAGCGUGUCUGUCGUUCCUGGUUAUAAAGUCUCCACCACCCUCCGGGACUCAGAUUCUCCUCAGACCCUAAGAAUAAGGGUCAUGGCGCCUGGAACCUUCCUGCUGCUGCUCUUGGGGACCCUGACCCUGACCGAGACCUGGGCGGGCUCCCACUCCACGAGGUAUUUCCUCACCGGCGUGUCCCGGCCCGGCCGCGGGGAGCCCCGCUUCAUCGCCGUCGGCUACGUGGACGACACGCAGUUCGUGCGGUUCGACAGCGACGCCGCGAGUCCGAGGGCGGAGCCGCGGGCGCCGUGGAUGGAGCACGUGGGGCCGGAGUAUUGGGAGCUGAACACGCGGCGCGCCAAGGACAUCGCACAGAAUUUCCGAGUGGACCUGAACAACCUGCGCGGCUACUACAACCAGAGCGAGGCCGGGUCUCACACUCUCCAGGUUGUGUUUGGCUGCGACUUGGGGCCCGAUGGGCGCUUCCUCCGCGGGUACUGGCAGGAAGGCUACGAUGGCGCCGAUUACAUCGCCCUGAACGAGGACCUGCGCUCCUGGACCGCGGCGGACGCGGCGGCUCAGAUCACCCAGCGCAAGUGGGAGGCGGCCGGUGAGGCGCAGCGCUGGAGGAACUACCUGGAGGGGGAGUGCGUGGAGUGGCUCCUCAGAUACCUGGAGAUCGGGAAGGAGACGCUGCAGCGCGCGGACCCCCCAAAGACACAUGUGACCCGCCACCCCAUCUCUGACCGUGAAGUCACCCUGAGGUGCUGGGCCCGGGGCUUCUACCCUGCGGAGAUCACCCUGUCCUGGGAGCGUGAUGGGGAGGACUUGACCCAGGACACGGAGCUUGUGGAGACCAGGCCUGCAGGGGACGGGACCUUCCAGAAGUGGGUGGCUGUGGUGGUACCUUCUGGAGAGGAGCAGAGAUACAUGUGCCGUGUGCAGCAUGAGGGGCUGGCUGAACCCCUCACCCUGAGAUGGGAGCUGCCUCCUGAGUCCCCCAUCCUCACUGUGGGCAUUAUUGGUGGCCUGCUUCUCCUUGGAGCUGUGGUGGUUGGACUUGUGAUCUGGAGAAAGAAGCGCUCAGGUGAGAAAGGAAGGAGCUAUGCUCAGGCUGCAAGUAAGGAUGGAGCAGUGACAGUGCCCAGGGCUCUGAUGUGUCUCUCAAGCGUGAAACAGCUGCCUUGUAGGGGACAGAAUGAUGCAAGAUUUGUUCCUGUCCCACCUCCACUGUGACUUCAGGAAACUCUGCCUUCUCUUUCUGCAAAGGGCAUCUGAGUGUGUCUGUGUUCCUCUUGGCAUAAUGUGAGGAGAUGGGGAGACUAGUCCCCCCCCGUGACUCCCUCCCACACUGCCCUGUGUUCUGUCCCCUGAUUGACUUUCCUGUCCCAGGAGAGGCGGGGCUCAUUCCAUCUCUGUCUUAACUUUGUGUUGCCCUGAGCUGCAGCUUCUUCCUUCCUUAUUGAAAAUAAACAUCUAGAUAUGAACUCAUUUUUUAAGAAUCUUGCCAUCAGGGAUUGAUGGGUUAAUUAAAGGAGAAGAUUCCUAAAAUUUGAGAGGGGAAAUAAAUGGAGGCUCUGAGAACCUUCCAGAAUCUGCCUGUUCGCUGUGCUGAGUCUGUUGCAGGUGGGGACAGGAGAAGGCUGUGAUGAGCUGAGCGUAAGACUGAGGCCUGUGCCCAGUCGAUGUUCAGUGCAUUGUGGCCUGUGACGUGGGGACUCCUUGGUUGGGACAUCUUCUUUGCUUCCUUGUCCUUGUCCUUUCAGGAGAACCUUGUCCCACCAGGAUCUGUGAUCACAGGGAUUUGGACAUCACCUGGGCCUUGUGUCUCCAGGACCGCGUGCAGGGCGGGCUUCGUGUGGC